AUGGUUGACUUUAUGAACAGACACAACACUGUUAAUUUCUUUACAGAGCAGUCAAUAGAGAGCACCCAUGCAAUGGUGAAUAGGGAUAUGCUGAGAAUUAAAACCAGUGAUAGGAGUAAGAUUGUAAGUCGAACAGAAAAGGUUACGCUGAAAAUAGAACAGGUAUUAGUAUGGGGGAUAUUCAUUCACAAUACUUAUUGAUAAAGAAAUUGCUAUUAAAACCCACGCUUUACAGGCGGACAGCUUACUGCGAUGGGCUCACGAAAGGACGGUGCUGUACGACGAAUUUGGGCUUGACACAAGCCAAAUUGAUGAAGACAUUGAUGGAGAAGAUGACACGGAAUGA